CACUCCAUUAUCUUACAAGGAAAGAGGAGCUCCAAAGAAAAGACACCAGGUUCAGGAAAGAUGGCGUUCCCAGCUUACAGCAUCACCAGGGCAGAGAUCAAUGGCUUCUGGAGGAGAAAGGAGACGGAAGAAGAGGAGCGACGCCUUGCUGCCGAGAAGGAGGCUGCAAGAACCAAAGCCAAGGCGCUUAAGAUGGAAGAUUACAUGCUUUUCGAGCAAAUGAUAAGGGAGAUUCUCAAGGAGGGGAACGAAGGAGACGGGGCAAGGAGGACUGAGACAGGCAUCACAAAGAACAGCAAGAUGGUGGGCAUUGCCGCCAGUGGCGCCGAGGCACGGAUUGGCAUCAAGCACUGGUGGAAAAGAAGCACUUAUGCUUAUCUAAAUGAACCAGCAGUGACGACAUCAACGGAUGAGAACGGCAGAACCAAACACGCCAUCAUAUAUUUUCCACAAGAGAGAUGUGUGAGAGUCUGCUCAUCAGUUCCUACUGCUUCUGUCAUCUUCUAAGUAUUUAUGCCAAGGAUAAGCCGAGACAUACGAACAAAUCAGAAAAGAUGGGUGUCAAAGGGGCGAAAUAAGUUACAUUAACUGUUCCCGAUUAAGUGUACAAGCAUGUCUGUCUGAAUGCUACUCAUGAAAUUAAGUCUUCUGGAUAACCUUGUUGCUCUGCAGUCUGCUGUUUUUAUUUGUUUAUUAUGUAUGAGUAACUUUCAAAACAAUUUUCCUU